AUGCGGCUCAGAGUCUUCGUCCUCGUCUUCGUCCUCGUCUUCGUCGUCUGCGGCGGCGACGCGGCUUCAGUGUUCCUGGAGCCACGGCGGGCGCUCGGCCUCCUGGUCCGGACUCGGAGGUUCAACUCGGGCUGGCUGGAGGAGCUGCAGAGAGGAGACCUGAGGAGGGAGUGUCUGGAGGAGAGGUGCUCGUACGAGGAGGCCAGGGAGGUGUUCGAACACACCGAGGCCACGGACGAGUUCUGGAAGACGUACAACGUGCCGGACGGCUGCCUCUCGGCUCCGUGUCUGAACGGCGGCAGCUGUUCCAGCCACGACGCCUCGUACAGCUGCUUCUGCCCGCCGCAGUUCAGCGGCCUCCACUGUGAGCUCGAGAACUGGAAGGUUCUGGAAACCUGCCUGCUGGAGAACGGAGGCUGCGAACAUUUCUGCGAGGAAGAGGAGGGACGGGGACGCAACUGCUCGUGUGCAGACGGCUACUUCCUGGACGGCGACGGGCAGAGCUGCCAGGCUGAAGACUCGCUGGCGUGCGGCAUGGUUCCCGUCCUGCAGGGUUUGGACCAAUCAGAGCAGCCGGAGGCUCGCAUCGUGGGAGGAACCGAGUGUCCUAAAGGUCACUGUCCCUGGCAGGUUCUGCUGCUGUACAAAGGCAAAGGCUUCUGUGGAGGAGUGAUUCUGAAAGCCUCCUGGAUCCUCACAGCGUCUCACUGCCUGGAGGACACCGACGUUCACUUCCUGCAGGUGGUCGCAGGUGAACACAACACGGAGGUGGACGAGGGCACGGAGCAGCUCGUCCAGGUCGCCCAGAUCAUCAGCCACGAAGGCUACGUGUCACGCACCGCCGACAACGACAUCGCCCUGCUCCGGCUGGCGUCGCCCAUCGUCUUCACGCCGUACGCCGUGCCGGCCUGCCUGCCGACGCGGCCGCUGGCGGAGCGCGAGCUGUGGGCCAUCGUCAUGCACACGGUCAGCGGCUGGGGGCGGCGCAGCGAGAACGGGCCGACCUCGCACCUCCUGCGGCGGCUGCAGGUGCCGCGGAUCCCGACGCAGCAGUGCGUGGAGGAGAGCGGCGUGCGGCUGACGGAGAACAUGUUCUGCGCCGGCUUCAUCGAGGGCCGGCAGGACUCGUGCAAAGGCGACAGCGGCGGGCCGCUGGUCACCCGCUACAGGAACACCGUCUUCCUGCUGGGCGUCGUCAGCUGGGGGAAGGGCUGCGCCCGGCCGGGCAACUACGGCAUCUACACCCGCGUGUCCAACUACCUGGACUGGAUCCACAACCGCACGGCCACGCCCACCACGCCGGCCACGCCCACCACGCCGGCCACGCCCACCACGCCGGCCACGCCCACCGACCACAGCGAGGCGCCAGCACACAACCUGACCACCUGA